AAACUCUGCUGGCAUUGGUCCCUAUAGCAAGUCUAUGUACAUCAAAACUGCUGAGGCCCCCCCCGGCCUGGUGACUAAUCUGACAGCAUUUGCUCAGAACCACACGUUCGUAGUGGUCACGUGGUUCCUGCCCCUCCGCAUCAACGGUCUGAUCAACAAGUUUGCGGUCAAAGCCAAACACGCUCGUACCGGUCAGACCGUCCGCAUGCUGGAGCUGGAUGCUGAGGAAAUCAUGACCGUAGCGCUACCACACUGCAACGAUGCAGUAGAAAUCCUGUCUCGUGGGACCGCAAGUCCAUCAGAGGUGACAGCGUCCUCUCCUCCUGUCACCCUGUCAGCCGUCCCACCUGCCGCCACAUGGGCUGUACCAAUAUCCGUAGGGGUGGACCAGCUGCGUCCCUACACAGCAUACGUCUUCGAAGUGUCUGCUUUCACCUCCGACGGAGAGGGACAGGUAGCCUCCACCAUGGUCCGCAUGCCUGAGUCAGCCCCAGAGGACCCUCCCUACAACCUGUCGGUAUGGAAUGUGACGUCUAAGUCAGUCUCUGUCUCCUGGGAUCCGCCAACCAUUGUUACCGGACGCUUCAGCUACGUCACCCAUCUCUACGGCCCCACAGGGUUUAUCUAUGAGAACAGCACAGGGGACCUGAAGUUUGCGUACUCUGGUCUGACUCCCUACACACACUACAGAGUAAAGGUCCGGGCCAAGUCUGCUGGCCUGCUGGGGCCUGAGGCCUUUUCUGCAGUACUGACACAUGCUGAGGCUCCCAGUGCGGUGCAGGCUCUGCAGGCAGUAGCACUAGACUCUGUGUCGGUGGGUGUGAGUUGGAGAAGCCCUGCCCAACCCAAUGGUCUGAUCACACAGUACAGACUCCUGGUUCUGUCUGACAACACACUGCUGCAGGACAUCACUCUCAUCGGAACACUGAACCUAAAUGACACUGAUCUCCAUGGUGAUGGAACGUUAGUGCCAGGUAUCCCUGGUGACUCUCUGCGGCGUAAGAGAUCAGCUGACCUCAGCCUGACCACCUCACCACUUGCAUUCACGGUCACCCUGUCCGACCACACAGUCGUCACUGGCAUGACCAUGACCACAACCAGCCGCACACACAGCGCUUCAACCCCCCCUGACCUUAAUCCUAACCUUGACCACAACAAUUACACUGUCCUCACAGUCACUGAGAGCCCCAGUCUGACCAGUAUGGGCCCUGGGACUGACCAGACCUCUGACUUUCCAGACUCCUCCCCUAUGACCUUUGAUGCUGUAACUUCAGGGACUUCUGUCCUCUCCCUGACCUCUUCAACCCCGGCCACACCCCUCCCCUGGCUCACUGCCAACUCACAUCACCGCCAGCUCACCUCUGGCCAGCCACGCCUCUCCACCCGUUCUGCACCUGCAGUCACAGGACACCUCCAGACACUCCCCUCCACCAGGGCUGCAGCCUCCAGCACCCCGGGAGGUGUGUUACCAUGCACUACAGUCUGUCCUCUAUACUGUGUGUGUCUUCCAGGACUGUAUGUGAGAGAGGAGGUGAUAGACAUGAAGUCUGAGGAGCUGUCUUACCUUGUCUCUGGUCUUAGUCCCUUCACUGAAUACACCUUCACCGUUACCGCGGCUACCACUAUUGGAGAGGGUCCUGCCUCACACGUCUCUGAGAAGACCCGCGAGCAGGUUCCUAGCUCAGUGGUGGCUGUGUACUAUCAGAACGUUAGCUCCACUUCCAUCCUGGUCAGCUGGACUCCGCCCCUCUACCCCAACGGACGAAUCAUACAUUACACCGUUUACGGACUCAACCUGCAUAGCAACCAGGCCCUGCAGAGAGUUACAAACAACACCAGCAUACUGCUCACAGGGCUGGAGAAGUAUACAGGUUAUAAGCUGCGAGUGGCUGCAUCUACUGCUGUAGGAGAGAGCUCUCUGUCUGACCGAGACGAUAUCUUCGCUGUCACACCCGAGGAUGAACCUGACUCCCCACCCAUAGGAUUAACAGUGGUAGACACCUCUCCAUCCACCACCACCCUCUCUUGGUCGCCCCCGGAGAGAGCCAAUGGAGUGAUCCAACAGUAUGAGGUCCUGUACAAGAACCAAUCAUUUGUGGCAGUGUUGAACAGCUCUGUCCCCAGAGUGACUUUGACAGGGCUGAUGCCGUUCUCCUACUAUAACGUGUCUGUCAGAGCAUACACACGCCUCGGACACGGGAACCACACCUCAGACACACUCACUAUGCUGUCUGGGGAGGACGUACCGGGAAGUCCUCCCUACGGCCUGUCCUAUGAGUCCGUCAGUCCCAAUGAGGUGAAUGUGACCUGGGAACCCCCACUAGUGCCCAAUGGAGUUAUCACGCACUACAGCCUUGAGCUGCGAAACUCUUCCCACUUCCUCAACCUGACCACACCCAUUAGCCACGUCCAGAUCACUCACCUAAGGAAGUUUGCGCAAUACACUCUGGUGGUGAAGGGACACACACGAAUGGGCCCUGGAAACCACAGCAGUGACCCACUCAACAUCACCACACUGGAGGAUGGUGAGAGCCUCUCUAACACACAAACACACCCCAGAACCACCGCAGUAAACCACUAUACAUCACCCCAAUGGAGUGAGGGAUCUGGGGUAAGAGGGGGGAGUCUUCCUGAUCCUCUGACAAUACAACUAACGUUCUCCCCUCCUUCCAGUUCAUUUCCCCUAGGGACCUGGUUGGUCUUAAAUAAUAGGAAGUGUGUUUCAGACCCAGACACUCCCCCUCAGUUCCUGUUAGCCAGGAAGUUGUCAGACUACGAGGUAGAAUUGUCAUGGGAACCGCCGAAAGAGGCCAACUCUGAGAUCCUCUACUACAUAGUCAGAGUCUGGAAUGAGUCAUCUGAGGUGUGGCAGAAUGUAACAGGUACAGCGGUGGUGAUCAGCGUUGACUCAGAAAGUCGCUUCAACGCCUCUGUCUCCAGCUGGACGCGCCUGGGGGACGGGGGAGUCCUCAUUUACAUCAGCUUCAGUAUUAUUGACGCAGUGCCAUUUGACCCACCCCAGAAUGUGUCGUUGGUGAACCUGACCUUUUCUUCAGUGACUGUCCUCUGGCAACCCCCCACUCAGCCAAAUGGAAUCCUCCUUCACUAUACUCUGUACUACUCAGACAAUACCACUGUCACAGAGCAGCGUAUCCCAGUGUCAGAGCUGGACCCUGUCUCUCUGGGGGAGGACCUGUCCUACUGUCUGUCUGGCCUGAGAGGAGGACAGAACUAUAGCCUCUGGCUGACCUCCAGCACGAUGCAGGGGGACGGAGGGGUCCGUACUGAUCCUUUAGACCUACUCACCCCAGAUGGCGCCACGGGACCUCCAGCUCACCCUGCCUCUCCUGCCCUGCCAAGCCCAGCAGGGCUCACUGCCCUGGGCUCAGACACCCACACACCGCCCUCUCUCCUCCACCCAUCCAUCCACUUCACCAGCCUCUCAAUCUGCCUUUGUUCUUCUAGUGCGAGGACUGAGUCUGAAGAAUUAUGUAGUUCAGUCAGUGAUACUAAUUCCCCCUCUCUCUCCACAGUGCCCAGUGAUCCGGUCCACAAUCUCAGUGCUCAGAUCUUCAGUUCUACAGCCAUCAUAGUAAGCUGGGACCCCCCUAUGGAACCCAAUGGACGCCCCUUCUACUUGCUCACCCUGCAGGAAGCAGGACACCCCCAACCCCCUAAACCUCUGAACCCCUCUUACCCUAACACCAACCCCCCCGGACCCCCCGCUGUCAACAAUACCAUCACCAAGACAACCAACGAUAACGUCUUCCUGUUUACCAAACUCAGGAAGUACUAUCCCUACGUCUUCACUGUUACCCCGGCAACCAGCGCCGGCCCGGCCCACAACCACACCAGCCUGCUGCACGUGAGGACUGAUGAUGAUAUUCCCAGUUCAGCUCCAGUGCUGGUGUCCUGUAGGAACCUGUCAUCCUCCUCUGUGUCUGUGGUGUGGCAGCGCCCCCUGGAGGCUAAUGGAGAGAUAACAGAGUAUUCCCUCACCAUGUUCGGCCCUGGCGGCUCCAACACCACACACACCCCCAACACCAUCCUCACACUCACACAGCUCCUGCCCUACACAGCCUACAACCUCUCCAUCACCGCAGCCACCCGCAAGGGCUCCGGACCCCCGCUACUACUGAUGCUGCACACAGAUGAAGCAGGUCCGAUGUCUCCUCCCAGGAACCUGUCUCUGUAUAACCACACAGCGUUUUCUGUGUGGCUGACCUGGGAACCCUCUCUGGAACCCAAUGGUGUGGUCACAAACUACGGCUUCAGGAUCUGGGAGAUUAACACAAACACAAUCAGAUAUCAGAACUCUACAGGUCCGUGGACAGAAGGACAGCUGAGUGGGUUCAGGCCUCACAGCUCCUAUGAGAUCAGUGUGCUUAGCUACACCAGAGUGGGUCAUGGAGACCAGUAUAGCACUCCUGUGUCCUUCACAACCAAUGAGUCCGUGUCUGAAGUGGUGGGUAACCUGUCCUGCUCUGGUCUGGGCUGGGACUCUGUGUUUCUACACUGGGAGCCUCCAGCCAACCCCAAUGGACUCAUCCUGUACUAUCAGGUCCAGGUGGACAGACACUCAGACUCACAGUCAUACAUACACCAGGCUGACACAAACCAGUAUACGGUCAGCGGGCUGGCACCGGACGCAGAAUUCACACUCACCGUAACAGCUGUCAACUCUGCUGGCUCAGGAGACCAGGUCAACUGUACUGCUUACACACACCCCGAGUCAGGUACACGUACACACGUACACUACACCAGGAGACCAGAUGAACUGUACCCACUCAACCCACUCUUAUAUCCUCCUGCAGUUCCUGGUGUCCCUCGAUUCCUGAGUGUGUCAGAGGCCACGUCCACCAGCGUGACGCUCCAAUGGGCUUCUCCCCUCUCUGCUCUGGGCAUGCUCACAGAGUACCGCAUCACUGUGCAGCUGCUGUCACCUGACUGCCUGUCCAACACACCCCUUUCUGAAGCCACAUCCCUCCCAGAGCCGAGCCCUUCCCUGGCUCCAGGCUGCGUGGAUCAGGAGGUGUUGGUGUCAGUGAAUGGUUCUGAUGGUGGUGAGGGCAAUAGGAGCAUCACUCUCCAGUAUCUGGUCAAGUACCGCCUCUACCGCUUCAGAAUCACAGCCCUUACUAAUGCUGGGCCAGGAGAACACACACCCUGGAGAUACAAACACACAUUGGCUGGGAACCCUGAUGCCCCUCCCAGCAACCUCUCAAUGACCAUGUCCUCCAAUGGCCUCCGUAUCGAAUGGCAACUCCCAGAUGUGAUUACCGGGCCCACUUCCUACCUCAUAGACGUAAUCUCUCUGGAUAGCGAGGGGUUAAACCAGUCUGUAGUACGCGGCCCAGAGGAGCUGAGGACCGUAGUUGUGUCAAACCUGACUGCGUUCACUCGCUACUCUGUGACCGUGACUGCCUUCACUGGACGACUGGAGAACGCACGGCGGGACGGACAAGCCACUGAGCCCACUGUCAUCAGAACAAUGGAGGAGGAGCCCAGGGAUCCUCCUAAGAACGUGACCCUCCAGGUAAUUCCAGAGGAAGUGACCCGUGUGUUUGUGACCUUUGCCCCCCCGGAGGAGCCUAAUGGGAACAUCAGUUCCUAUACGGUGCUGGUCUACCACCAGGGCCAGCUAGAGAUGACCAUUGACCGCCUCACCGUGGUCCAAAACGAGAACCGUACCCUGACCGCAGUCAUCGACGGGCUGAAGGGAGGCUACAACUAUAGUAUACGGAUUGCAGCGGUAAACGGAGCAGGUUUAAGCCCCCCCAGCUCAGAGGUUCAGAUCACUACAGGGAUCAAAGCUCCUGCCAAGCCCACCCAGAGACCCCAGGUGAUGUUGGACCGAGGAGGAAUUGCCAUGGUAACCUCCAGAAGCAUCAUUGUUCGCAUGCCAGCCUGUUUCUACAGCAAUGACAACGGACCAAUCAGCAGUAUCCAGGUCAUCAUGUCCGAAUCUGGGGUGAUGGACAGCAUGAACCUGACCAACUGGAAGACAGCAUUUCUCUCUCGUCCCACCCCCUACCUAACAGACAAUGGCUUCCCCAACCCACUCUGCGUGAGGGACCGUAUGAGCAGGGACACACAAACCAGCAGACUCACUUUCUCACUCAUUAGACACAGUAUUGUGAGGGACAGGGUUCUGGGACAUAGAGACUCAGGGGGGGAGCGCAUAGACCACCAGGAUGAUCACUAUGUCAUCGGAGAGAAGGACAACUGUCUGACUGAAGAGUACAGUAACACACUCUGUAACGGACCCCUCAAACCAAACACUGUCUACGUGUUUAAGUUCCGAGCCACCAACAUCCGGGGCCAGUACACAGACUCUGACUACUCUGAGCAUAUCAGAACAGCAGUGGAUGGGUUGUUGACCAGAGAUGAACAGAUCAUUCUGGGAGUACUCCUCUCCUUCUUCCUGGCCCUGCUGCUCAUCCUCGUCAUCUACGCCUCUGUCAGGAUCCGUCAGCGGCAGAAGGAGGGCGGGACCUACUCUCCCCGGGAGGCGGAGAUUAUAGAGACCAAGUUUAAACUGGAUCAACUGAUUGCUGUGGCUGACCUGGAGCUGAAGGAAGAGAAACUACACCGGUAUUCCUCCUUCUUCUUUAGACGGAAGGAGAUAUUUGUCAUCCAACUUCUCAGCUACAGAAAGUCUCUCAAGCCCGUCAAUAAGAAGUCUUUCCUGCAGCAUGUAGAGGAUCUGUGUGCCAACGAGAACACCAAGUUCCAGGAAGAGUUUGCAGAGUUGCCCAAACUGCUGCAGGAUCUGGCUACUUCAGACGCUGACCUUCCCUGGAACAGAUCCAAGAACCGCUUCACUAACAUCAAACCCUACAACAACAACCGUGUGAAGCUCUUGUCUGAGCCUGGCAUGCCUGGAUCUGACUACAUUAACGCUAGCUUCAUCUCAGGUUACCUGUGUCCUAGUGAGUUCAUAGCGACCCAGGGUCCUCUCCCCGGCACUGUGGCUGACUUUUGGAGGAUGAUCUGGGAGACUCGCACACGAACCAUCGCUAUGCUCACACAGUGCUAUGAGAAAGGAAGGAUCCGGUGUCACCAGUACUGGCCAGAGGACAAUAAGCCGGUGACAGUGUUUGGGGACAUCAUCAUCACCAAGCUGACAGAGGACGUUUAUCCUGACUGGACCGUCAGAGCUCUCAAAGUCGAGCGGCAUGGGGACUACAUGGUGGUUCACCACUUCAACUACACCUCCUGGCCAGAGCAUGGUGUACCAGAUUCCAGCACCACACUCAUACAGUUUGUUCGAGCCAUCAGAGCCAACAGGCAUGAGAACACUACUAUAGUGGUGCACUGCAGUGCUGGCGUGGGCAGGACAGGAGUGUUUAUAGCGCUGGAUCACCUGAUCCAACACGUCAGUGAUCACGACUUUGUGGACAUCUACGGUCUGGUGGCUGAACUACGCAGUGAGAGGAUGUGUAUGGUGCAGAACCUGGCCCAGUAUAUGUUCCUACACCAGAGUACUCUGGAUCUGCUGAACAGUAAAGGAAACAGCCAGUCCAUCUGGUUCAUCAACUACUCUGCUCUGGAGAAGAUGGACUCACUGGAAGCUAUGGAGGGUGAUGUCGAGCUGGAAUGGGAGGAGACUACGAUGUAAAGGCUGAGAACUUAUCAGUCAACUUCACACCUGAUGAACACGCAUCUAUUCCUGGGUCAUGGGGCCAAAUCCUGGACACACUGACUGUUUGUCAGAUGGAUUGCUCCACCAGAGAUAGAGAAAGGGGAGGGAGAGAGAAUUGUGUAGUCCAAACAGAGUAAUGUUUCCUCUAGCUUCUUUGGGAACACAAGUUGCCCUUUUCUGGCAGGAGGGUCAAAACAACACAACGAAACUUAGUUGUUUACCUGGCCUGAAUCAUCACACAAUUACAGUCCUCGUGGAGUCCUGCAUCUUUUGUAUACGUUCACAGGCAGAAAAUAUAUCACACAUGGAGGUUUACAGGUAUCUUGCAAUAGUAAUUUCACUGUGUAUUUCAUUGGAUUCUUGUAUCAUGUUUUUGUAUAUUAGGUUUUUCGGCCAAAUAGUGUUGUCACGGUGUUCAUGUUUGCUUCGCUGUGUUACUACGUUUAUAUCACGUGUUGCUAUGUUUGUCAUUGUAAUUGGGAGGUUUGAGGUAUAAUAUAUUUGUGGGGUGUUCUUGUGUAUUUGAUGUAUUUUGUUCCACAUCUGUGUUUUGGACCAGAAGUAAAAUCAACUCCACUACUCA